GUAUUUUAAUGUUUCUGACAUCGACUUUAUGUUUACAAUGUAAUAAAUAAAUUCGCAAAUGUUAAACAACCAUAAACUAGCUAACAAAGGUUUUUUUCUAAUAAUACAGGCAAUCAUCUUUCACACAAAAAAGUUGGUGUUCUAUUUUACGAGCAAAAACCGGUUUUUGAACUACUUGAAAGCCCACGGUAAUGAAAUAUAAAAUAUUUCCAGUUAUAGGAAAUUAGGAAUCCUUGAUUACAUCAGCCAAAGCUCUUAUUUAUUAUUUUGAUAACAGCUUUAUUCGCGCUGUGGUCAUGACUGAAUAUGAGGGUUUUUUCUGCUCGCCGUUUGUCGAAAUUCGUUUUAAAAUUCGGCUACACUGAGACUAAAACUGUUUUGUACAUAUUCAGUCGUUAUUUAAGUGAUGAACGCUUCAAAAAACCUAGACUUUGGAGUGACGAUGGGAAUCUUGCUUUAAAUAACAACGAUAAAAUUGGUGGCUGGCAAACAGAUGACGCUUGGCUUUUGAAUCGUGUGGAUAUUAAUAACAUCAAACAUAAAAGUUUGAAAGGUUUGAAGAAAUAUAACGAAGAUAGAGUUCAAGUUACUGAGUUAUCUCGAGAGAUCAUGUUUCUUGGCAUUUUUGAUGGACAUGGAGGCUCAUUCGUUGUAAAUUUUGUUCAAAACAAUUUGCAUGAGUACGUGCGAAACAUGCUUGAACGUGGUUCUUCUCUCACAACAGCUUUGCGGAAAGGUUUUCUUGAUUGUGAUAUGGCAUUGGCAAAGACACUGGAAAAGAAGGUAUGGCUACAGUUAUCGUUUAUUGUUCGUAGCAAAUUCCAGCAUGGUGAAAGUGAAAACAAGGACAAGUUUGUGCGAUCAGGAUCUACUGCAACUGUAGCCAUUUUAAAAAAUGGUGAAGAGCUUGUUAUAGGGAAUGUUGGAGAUAGUCAAGCCAUUUUAUGUCAUGAUGGGAAGGCAGUUCUACUCACUGAAGACCACAAUGCCUUAUCAAAAGUGGAGAAGAAUCGUAUUCUUGCAAGAGGUGGUAAGAUAGAAGAAGAUGGUGAAAUGACCCCUAGGGUUAAUGGUCGGUUGGCCAUGACUAGAUGUUUUGGUAACUUUGAUCUUAAGCCAUAUGGUGUAAAUGCUGUUCCUAAAAUAUAUUCAGUGAAAAUUAAUCAAGAUAAGGACAGUUUUCUAGCUUUGUUUACUGAUGGCAUUUCAAAUGUAAUGGCCACUGAACAAGCAGUUAAUAUAUUAAAUAGCUCGACAAUUCCUGACGAUUCCUUAGAGUUGCUAACAAGCUCAGCAGCACAGUUUGGCUCAGUUGAUGAUAUAACAGUAAUUAUGGCACCAUUUAGAUCUUUUGGUACCAAAGAUGAAGAAAACGAACUUGAUGUUUGUAAAAUGAAAAUUUCUAAUAGUUUUAAUAUUUCUAAAUGCAAGUAGUUGUAUAUUGAAUAGAACAUAGAUGUAUUUUUGUUGCUAUACAUAUUUAGAUGGAAUUAUACCAGAAUACUAAAGCAUAAAAUUAAAUGUUAUCUUGUUAGGAUUUUUAUUUUGUUAUAUUGCUCUAUCUAAUUAGUUUUUAAACACUCUUGUCUUGAGUACUUUUUAUUAAAAUUUAUAUUCAAAUCUA